GUCGUCUCGCCAUGUCGACUCGGGCGGACAAGCCAUCGCGCAAAGACAAGGACAAGGACAAGGAUAAAUCCAAGUCCAAGUCCAAGUCCAAGUCCAAGUCCAAGUCCAAGUCGAAGAGCUCGCGGAGUGGCGGAGGGAGCGAUGCUAACCCCGGCAGUGAGGCGAGGGUUACGUCUGCAUCUGAUCCCGCGCUGGCGGAUGGAGCACCGAUGGCGCCGCUGGGACGGGCGCUGAAGAAGCGAACGUCGCAGUCGCGGUUCACCUCUCCCGAGGCCAGGGCAGAGGAGCUGGAGGAGCUGCCGUCGCUGUUUGAGGCCGAGUCUGAGGACGACAUGCUUGAUCUGUUCCUCCUCAAGCUGCGACAGGCCUCGGUGCUGUACAACUUUUUGGACCCGAGCAAAGACCUCAAGUCAAAGGAGAUCAAGCUGACUGCGCUCAACGAGCUCGUGGACUGCGUGACGACGGUGUCGGGCAUUAUUUCGGAGCACAUUUUCCCUGACCUCAUGGUGAUGCUGCGGGCAAACCUGUGCCGAACGCUGCCGCCGCACAUCAACCCGAACGGCGACGCGUACGACCCUGAGGAAGACGAGCCUAUUCUGGAGGCUGCGUGGCCGCAUGUGCAGGUUGUGUACGAGCUCUUCCUCCGGAUCCUCGAGUCGGGCGAGUUUAAUCUGGACGUGGCCAAAAAGUACAUCACCCCGUCGUUUGUAUCCGAGCUGCUCGAGCUGUUUGAUACGGAGGACCCGCGCGAGCGCGACUUUCUCAAGACCAUUUUGCACCGCAUCUACGGCAAGUUCCUCACCAUGCGGUCGUUUAUCCGGACGGCAAUCAACAACAUCUUCUUCACCUUUGUGUACGAGACGCAACGACACAACGGCGUGGCAGAGCUGCUGGAAAUCCUCGGCUCGAUCAUCAACGGCUUUGGCCUCCCGCUCAAGUCGGAGCACAUCACGUUCCUGCGGCGGGUCCUCAUUCCGCUGCACAAGCCGCAGUCGCUCUCGCUCUAUCACCCGCAGCUCGCGUACUGCGUCGUCCAGUUCCUGGAGAAGGACCCGCAGCUGACGGCGACGGUCGUUUCUGGCCUCCUCCGGUUCUGGCCCAAGACCAACUCACCAAAGGAGGUCAUGUUCCUCUCCGAGGUCGAGGAGAUCCUCGACGUCAUCGAGCCGGCCGAGUUUGUCAACGUCCAGUCGAUGCUCUUUGAGCGCCUCGCCAAGUGCAUCGACUCGCCGCAGUUCCAAGUUGCCGAGCGGGCGCUCUGGCUGUGGAAGAACGACUACAUUGUUGGCCUCAUGGCCGAAAACUACCGCACCAUCCUGCCCAUCGUCUUUGGUGCCCUCUACCGCAACUCAAAGGGCCACUGGAACAAGACCAUUCACUCGCUCAUCUACAACUGUCUCAAGCUGUUCAUGGACCUCAACCCGACGUUCUUUGACGAGUGCACCCGCAACUACAAGCAGGAGCGGGUCAAGGCCCGCAAGGCCCGCAAGGCCAACGAGGAGCGCUGGGCCCGGAUUGAGGAGCUUGCCCGCAAGAACCGCGCCGCCCGCGACAACGGCGAGGCGCCGCCGGCGUUUGAUGGCAUCGACGACGCCACCGCCCUCGCCCCGCUCGCACACCUCCGCCGCCACUCGCGCGCAGAGUCGACCGACGUCGACGCCGAGGGCAUUGUCGACAUCCUCGAAGCGGUGCCCAACAUCCAGGCCACCCCGCAGAACGUGCGCCUCCGCCGCAAGUCGCUCCUUCCGCAGGACCGCGACGUCCUCCACGCUCUCGAGCAGCACCGCUCCAUGGACGACCUCAACUCGUCGCAAGAGGAGGGCGCGCUCGGCAAUGCCGUCCCAGUCCCCAAUCCCAUCUCCAUCGGCACCCGCCGCCGCAACCGCAACCUUCCUCCACGCCACCCGGACGAGCCGGCCUCGCCCACCACUGCCAUCCUGCCGCCCUCGGUUCCAGUCGUUCCCGACGAAGAUGAGGACGAGCUGCCCGAAGCCUCGUCAUCACGGUCGUCGAUCGCCGGCCGCGAGAAGGCCAAGUCCAAGGACAAGGCCAAGUCGCGCGACAAGUCCAAGGCCAAGGCCAAGUACAAGUCGCGCGACAAGGACAAGGACAAGGACAAGUCACGGUCAAAGUCCAAGUCCAAGGCCAAGGCCAAGACAAAGGACAAGUGAAGAAUGAGUUGUGUUACA